AUGGCUAACAUAGUGGAGCUAGACCGGAUGCUGCGGACAGGACCUCUCCUAAAUGAGAAAGUCCUAGGUCGAUGGAUUUUGCUCAGUGAUAUCUCCAAUGCGAGUGAGUAUUACAACGCUGACGAGGCGACGACUUUCACUGCCGUACAGAAUGUCUCCAAUGUCAUUGUGACCCGCUACCUCAACAGCAACAAUAAGGAUGAAGUUUCUUUGCAUUGUAAGACGAAAUUCUGCAUUUUACUGAACAACUUCGCCCUCUAUCUACCUGUUCGAAGAGCCGUCUUCGCGUCGUUGCAGAAGCUCACCAGUGUCUUUGAGAACUCCAUCACAGACGAAAGUAAAAUGCCGUUCGAAUCGGAGUUGGGGAGGAUGUCGGAACACGUGCUGGUGCUGCUGAUGCGAUGCACUGACUACAAUCUCAAAGCCUCAGCCGUUCACGAGUUCACGGAAGGCCAAACUCAGUUUGCUAUUCAACUCCUCCUGGCGAUCCUUCUGAAAGAACCGCCUUACGAAUUUGAUUUGCGAUGUAAUUGCAUCACCGGCAUCUACGGAUUCACGCACCCACAAGCUUUCUUCAUCCCUGGUGAGGAUAUCAAGGAGAAUCUGUGUACAAAAUUUACUGAUAAGCUAAACUUUAUUCUUAAUCAUAUGCUUCGUCUGCGGGCAACACAAGUAGUAAGCGAUGUGUUAAAAGAAGCUAUGCUUGUGAACGGCACGAAUCAGACGGUACUACGGCGCGGCGUUACCGAUAUGAUGCGCUCCAUUAUGAAUAUCUUCAAGUUCAGCACCAACCGCUCGUCGGAAUGGCGAAGCCAUGUUCUUAACCAAACAACCUUUAUUCAAGAAACUGUCUCGAUGCACACACAAUCGCUUGUUGAUACUCUGGAAAAGCAGCUCGUGAAGACUCCUUCUGCUGUUUCCACAGAUUUGCUGAAGUCCCUUCAUUUAACAAUUAGAUUCUGCGUAUUUGCGACGUACCACCACAAGCAAGCCGUUAAGAUCCGAGACUCCUGCUCUUUUUUCGGUGUUAUUUUUGCGCUGCCGAUCCAAUCGCUUCUUACUGAUCCACGAAAGUCGUCUAUUGUGAAGGCUCUCUACAUCAGUAUAUUUCAUUUUAUGUGCAAUAUGAACGCCCUCGACAACAGCGUCCUUCCCGAAAAUGAACUACCGUUGGAGAUUCAAAGUGCGGAGCUUGCGCGCUUGCUGGAGGCCUUCCUUGAAAGCGAAGUGGUAGGUUGCGGGCUGGAGAUCGUGCAGGCUUGGUAUAAGCUAUUCAUGGAAAACAACAUGGAGUGCCCGCACGAGACAGACAACGUGACCUGUAAUGAAAUAGACGCCAUUUUUGGUAGAAUCCUGCGGCGACUUCACCCUUUCGGUGUCUCCGACACGGCGUCCCGCCUGCAGACGUCCUCACAGAGCGACCGAACCGCGACAAUUUCGCGAACGGCGUCGGAAAGGGCGAGUGUCGUGGGGGGGGCGAAAACGUCCCUGAACACCUCUCAGUCCGGAAAAAGAAAUUCCUACUCUCGGCUUCGUCCGGAGGGGAUGGAACCGGACUUCUGCUGUGCGCUCACCGGGGAGCUGAUGAAGAACCCGGUGAAGUCGCCCUACGGCCACUCCUUUGAUAAGGAGGCGAUUUUGCGUUGGAUGAAUGAAAACGGCUCGGUGUGCCCGAUGACGGGGAAGCCGUUAGAGGCCGCGGGGCUCGUGCCGGACACCGCCACAGGGGCAAGAAUUAUGCAAAUGAUCGUGGCACAGAGCAUGGCCACUGAGAUUACGGAGGAGGAGAUGUACAAUUUCUAA